AUCAACACUUUUAUUAAUCAAAAAUAUUAAUAUUUGGCAACAAAUAACAUGAAAAAUGAUUUUUAUGCAAUCGGCGGAACACUACUCAAGACAAUCAAAUGUGAUAAUACUGGAGCCAAACUUAGGGUGUGCCCGCACGUGUCACGGGUAUUGACGGACGAUGAAAGAAGAAGGCGAUGCGUUGAGCAACGAUGCCAUCGAUCACUUGACACAUCAAUUGUCGACAUCCACUUCAAUAAGUCCAACAAUUAAAGUCGAGUCCGUCUCGACAUCCAAUUCCAAGGUCUCGAGUUCUACGAACGGCACCGGCAGUGGAGGUGUCAGUGUUAGUGUCAUAUCAUCACCACAUAGAAGACCUAAAACUUCAGUCCUGGAAGCGGUAGAUCUAUUCAAAGCCCAAAUUUAUGGCAAUGCAUUGGUGACCAUCGGCAAUGAUUUGGCGGCUGCAGCAGCGGCUGCUGCUUCAGGCAUAUCACCGCUAGCUUUCCCAUUGGCAGGCAGUGAACAAAAUAGGAUAUUAAUGCAAGAGUUGGCAAACGUUGCGGCCAGAAAUGCACUGUCCGGUGCCAACAGCACUCAUAGCACUCAUUCCAAGUCCAGUUCCGACGGCUCCAACAGCGCUUCUCCGCUUUCCUUAAGUAUGGGUGUCAGCUCUAAACCGGGACCAAAACCGCGCGCCGCCGACUCUCCCGGUAGUGGUUCGACCACCAGUACGACUACUGGUCAGGGAAGGGACAAAGUUUUUGUGUGUCAGGUCUGUAACCGAUGUUUUGGGUAUAAACAUGUGCUCCAAAAUCACGAACGGACGCACACCGGGGAGAAGCCAUUUGAAUGUCGGGAAUGCCAUAAAAGGUUUACUCGGGAUCACCACUUGAAGACUCACAUGAGGUUACAUACGGGAGAAAAGCCGUAUCACUGCACUCAUUGCGAGAGACAGUUUGUACAGGUGGCCAAUCUUAGACGGCACUUACGGGUGCACACCGGCGAACGGCCCUACGCUUGUGAGCUGUGCACCAGUAGAUUCUCAGAUUCAAAUCAAUUGAAGGCCCAUAUGUUGAUACAUAAAGGAGAGAAGCCAUUUGAGUGCAACAAGUGCCUGGGUAGGUUUAGGAGGAGACAUCACCUCAUGCACCAUAAGUGCCCUAAAGAUGAAGCAAAUAUCGGUAAACCCAGACGUGGUCGCAGACCAAAAGCAUACGACACGCUGGUCACGCCUACCAGUGCUUUGAUAUGCGCCAGUCCUGCAGAUGAGACGCAUUUGCCUGUUGUGGCCACCGGUGCCACCGUCUCGUCCUCGACGGCCGCAUUGAGUGCAGCGGCCACUUCCAGUUCCUUUUAUCAUCAUUUAACACCAUCAGUGCCACCAAAGGCGCCGCCCCCGGUUGCGCACUUAGGGGGUGGUCUCCCUGAUUCGGGUCCGUCUAAAUCUCGCCGUAAACCGAGACAAACUAUACGUAUAUUAACGCCACAACACAGAGAUUUGUUUCUCUCAGACCAUAACUCGAUACAAACACAACCUCUUAAUCUAUCGCUAUCGCCAUCACUUCAGGCGCCAUCAAGUAUGCCAUCGACGCUAUUAUAUUAUAAUAAACUUAAUAAUAAUAAUAACAACAACAGCGCCGAUGUCUUAGACUUAUCUCGUUCUCGAAGUGAUGAUUCCGAAGCCGAACCAAUUGAAGAAGAGGUCGAUGACGAUGAGGAUGACGAUCCUUAUGACCACUACCAGAGAAGACGAUUACAUGAAAACAGUUCCAACAGUGAUAACAAUGGCAACGGAGGUAUGGAUGUCGACACAGAUCAUGAAGAAAAUGGUAACAAUAGAGCCAUACCUUUGACCAAACCUAAGACUACUACGUGUUAAGUGAGAAAGUGAUACAAAAAAUACUAUUACUUUUCAAUAAUUUUCAAUCAAUUGAAAGCUAAGUAACGGUUAAAUAUAAUCAUAAAUUGUAUGUCACAUACAUUCACACACUUACACACAAAC